CCCGAGCGUCCUCCGCGUCUCCAGGGACAACCUCGGCGCUUCCCUCCGCGGGCGGGCGCAGUGACGGUUAAUCAGAUUCCCGACCGAGGGGGCAUGGCCGCCUGCUGCAGGGGCCAAUCGAAAGCCUGGGAGGCCCUAUAUGCAAAUAUGAGGGCCGGGCGGACCCGAGGGAGGGCUGGCGGUUCUCCGGAGCCUCCUCCGGGGCCAGGGAGAUGCUGCAGUGCCUGACUUCGGAAAGUGAGGAAGGGGCCGAAGAGAGGGAGGAGAGUUCUGCAGAAGACCUAGAAGAGCUAGAAGAAUUUGUCACCCUGGCUUUUGUGAAAGAGAACACACAAAAGAAGCUUCAGAACGCCCCGCAGCAUGGCAAGAAGAAGAGGAAGAAAAAAAGAUUGGUGAUUAAUCUAUCCAACUGCCGCUACGACAGUGUGCGCAGGGCAGCCCAGCAGUAUGGCCUUCGAGAGGCGGGAGACAAUGAUGACUGGACUCUCUACUGGACGGACUUCUCAGUGUCGCUGGAGCGAGUGAUGGAAAUGAAGAGUUACCAGAAAAUCAAUCAUUUUCCUGGGAUGAGUGAGAUCUGCCGCAAAGACUUGCUGGCCCGGAAUAUGAGCCGGAUGCUAAAGCUGUUUCCUAAGGACUUCCAUUUUUUCCCUAGGACGUGGUGUCUUCCUGCUGACUGGGGAGAUUUGCAGACUUACAGCAGGUCAAGAAAAAAUAAGACGUACAUUUGUAAGCCGGACUCAGGCUGCCAAGGGAAAGGCAUAUUCAUCACCCGGACCGUGAAAGAAAUCAAGCCGGGGGAGGAUAUGAUCUGUCAGCUUUAUAUUUCAAAGCCCUUUAUCAUUGACGGGUUCAAGUUUGACCUGCGGGUUUACGUGCUGGUGACCUCCUGUGACCCUCUCCGGGUCUUUGUGUACAAUGAAGGACUGGCUCGCUUCGCCACCACCUCUUACUCCCACCCCUGCACAGAAAACCUGGAUGAGAUCUGCAUGCACCUAACUAAUUAUUCCAUCAAUAAGCACAGUUCCAACUUCAUUCAAGAUGCUCAUUCCGGCAGCAAGAGGAAACUCUCCACCUUCAACUCGUACAUGACGCUGCAUGGCUAUGACGUGGAGCAGAUUUGGAGGGCCAUUGAGGACGUCAUCAUCAAGACGCUCAUCUCGGCUCACCCGGUCAUCAAACAUAACUACCACACCUGCUUCCCCAGCCACACGCUCAUCAGCGCCUGCUUUGAAAUUCUCGGUUUUGACAUCUUGUUGGACCGCAAACUCAAGCCCUGGCUGCUCGAGGUCAACCAUUCUCCAAGCUUCUCCACUGACUCCAAGUUGGAUAAAGAGGUGAAAGACAGUCUGCUUUACGAUGCCUUGGUCCUCAUCAACCUGGGGAGCUGUGACAAAAAGAAAGUCUUGGAGGAGGAGAGGCAGCGGGGGCGGUUCUUACAGCAGUGUCCUUCUCGGGAGAUGAGGAUGGAAGAGGUCAAGGGUUUCCAGGCAGCGCGGUUACAGAAAACAGAGGAAUAUGAGAAGAAACACUGUGGUGGGUUCCGGCUCAUCUACCCUGGUCUGAAUUUGGAGAAGUAUGAGAAGUUUUUCCAGGACAAUAGCUCCCUCUUCCAGAAUACGAUUGCUUCCAGAGCCCGAGAGCUGUAUGCCCGGCAACUGAUCCAGGAGCUGAGGCAAAAACAGGAAAAAAAAACGUUCCUAAAGAAAGAGAAGAGGGCAGAGAUGCAGGGCGAGUCUCCGGGUGAGCAGGCAAGAGACAAGACUGUGAAACCCUGGCAACAGACACAGCAACCGAAGUGCAAGACAGCCACCCAUCCAAAACAAUGCUAUCACCCAGUGACUUUAGUAUCCUGCACGCCUGGCUUGUUCUUGAACAUCAGAGGCAUAAGGAAAAACGACACUGCCGGCAGCCUCCCUCAGAAGGGCUCCAAGAAGGAGGCCAGCCUCGCCCCCUGCAAGCCCGUGUCCGCGAGGCACUACAGUUCUGUCCCUGACCUGAGGAGUUCAAAUCCCAACUGCCUGGGGACAGAGUUCCGCAAGUCCAAUCCCAAAGUCAAGGAAGUGAAGUCAGCCUUUGCGAUGAUGAACGUAAUCAGCAACGCCGCCGCCGCGCCCUUAACAUCUGUAGAAACGUCCCCAGACCCCACAUCCCGGCUCUCCACCUCUCUCGAAUCCCUGGCAAGCCUGAGCCUAACCAGCAGCCCUGACUGCAGCAGCCCUGAGAGUGUCCAGAUGCUCUAUAAGUACAAGCAGCAGCAGAUCUUCCACAAGCUGACCCAGGAGAAAAGAUCCAAACUUGCCACGUCUUCCAAACCCAAGAGUUUGGACCAGAAGUGGACCUUGCUAAAGAAUGAAGUGAGGAGGCAGCAUCUGAUGUCAGAGAUCAUGCAGAAGGUUCAGAUGAAGAAGAAACGCUACUUGUUUCCGGCUCCCAAGUCACAAAACCCGUCCUUGUCCAAGGACUGCUGCCUCCACAGCCACGGCUUCGGCAGGAAGAAAGAGAUGGAUGUCUCCUCCGUCCUCCUCCUGCAGGGUUCUCACGGCCAUACUGAACCUCUGAAUGACCUUCUGGUAGUUGCCACUCAGGCCCGUCUGGACCCUCGGCCUAGCAGAAACCAUUCUAUUCCUACAAGGGACCCAGAUACUACAAGGGACCCGGGUACUACAAGGGACCCGAAGCACACUGCCAUUGCCUGAUCUCUGGUCAGAAGGAUGUGAGAGCUCAGAAUCAGACUGGAUCUUUGCCGUUUUUCCUUUCCCACCUCUUACUCCAGGAAAUGGUUUGUCUCUUCCUACAGUGUCUCCAACGUCUACAGAGUGGAUUGGAAGCUUCAUUUCCUCAUCUAGAAAUUCUGGUCUGAUAACUACGUCUCACUGGCACCUUUGAGGACAGAGGCCUUCCGUGCCGUCCCAGUCAGUACAGUGCUGCAGGAAUAUGGGACCAGGACUGCUAGGGACCCAGUGCUGCCCCCUCAGACAGUUGUCUCACCUGUGAUGCUUCUCUGACUCCCUCACAGGAUGGCCAUUGUCAUCCAGAACACUCACCCAGGAUAAGCAACUUGAGGGAGGAGUGAGGGGAGGACUCCCGAUUUCCAGGAGUCCAGAGCCUCAUUCCACCUGCUGGCCUGUGUUCCUCCGCCCUUCUCUCUAAAGAAAGAGGAGGCAGAGUUGGGACUAAGUGUGGUGGAAUUCUGAGUCUUGACACCUCCGUUCCCAGACUGCCUCUUGCUGCUAUCCCUUCAGUCUUGCUGGCAAAGACAGGUAAUAUGAAAGUACGUAGCCUGCAGGUGUUCUUCCAUUGCCCUGCAAAAAUUAUAUGUCUUCCCUCAUGUGUACAUUAAUAAAAUAAAUUGCCAUGCUCAAUACUGG